CGACUCGAGUCAAGCACUGUCAAGGGCAACUGCGCGACCGAUCUCUCAACUUCCUCAAGCUCUUGCAGCGCAGCUCAACGCCUGAGGGCCAGUCUACAUAGUCGAAGCUCACUGCUGUCGCUUGUUGCAGCGCGCACUCUCUUCAUUGACCAUGAAUGCCGCUGGAGCAUCAGCUCAGCCAAGUGCUGCUAAGAAACGAAAGCCUAGCAAGAAGGCACAAGCAGCUGCAGAGUGCAAAGCAGCGGAAGAUCUAUCUGCACAGCUCCAGCUAGAAGCUGAUGAAGAAGCUGCAAGGGCUAAAGAUUACUUCACUCUUCUACCGUAUGAAUUGCUAUCGCACAUCUUCUCCUACCUGGACCCAAUCUCGCUCUUCAAGCUUCAAGGUAUCUCCACGUUCUUUCAAGAGCAUUUGAAACGCAGCGACAGACUCUUUGAGACGAAGUGUAAGGACAUUCUAGCCCUUCAGCAUGAGCUCCCAACCUACAUGACACACCGAGAUUUGCUUCGUCUGACUGUUGCACCAAUCUGCCAAUUCUGCGCUUCGGCAAGGGGAAAUUCUAGGCCAUACGUUCCUUACAAUUACGUCGCCUGUAGGCCGUGCUUCGAGGACCGUACAAUCAGUUUCCAGCAGGCAAUCGCGACGGCGGAAGAGCUGACAGGGCUGGGUCCUGAUUGUGUGUUGAGGUUGGUGGAGAAUUGCAUAUAUGCCUCAGAUCAACCCUUCCAUCGCAACAUGCCGCCUAGAAAUUCCAGAUUCAGGGUGCAAGACGUCGAAGACUUUUGCGGCGCAUUCAUCGAUUCCGGACGUUCCUUUGCAGCUUUCUUGGAAGAUGAGAAACGGAACUUGGCAGUUGGUCUUAAGGCCAGGCGCGAUAUCGAAAUCAUAUUGACCAAUCGCGGCAAUAUCUCAACUCUUGCGCGCCAGCAUUCUCUCUACGCCCGAAAGUUUUGCAUCUGCCAGCGAAUCUACAUGAUCUUCAAUGAAACAAAUAUCGAGGAAGAGCUGGCAAAAUAUGUGCCAAACAUGUUCGAGACCUUCUUUAGUCGUACACCGCCCUACAUCUCGACGAAAGAAGAUGUAAGGCUGUAUAGCGACAAGCUAAAGACUCGACUUGAGUCUGAACGGAGAAUUGCCAAGAAGCAACGACAGUGUAAUGCGGCCAUCAAUUUCAUCAACGAGCUGGUAAGUCGUCUCAACGGCAGGAAUUUGCUAACACUAUCAGAACCCAGCUGCCAUUGAAGUCUACAAAGCCUAUCUCGACGUGCAGCCUGCAGCGUCCGACGACCGUGUCUUGAACAAAGUCUACUUCAAGCAGGAAA